AUGCUACUGAAAGAAUCGAAAGUUCGAGAAAUUAAAUUACAGCAUUGUGGUAACAACUAUAGCUGGUUGCGUUCCAAACACCUUCAGAAUGAGGAUAGCAAGACUAACAAGGAACUGGAGAGAUUACGGCCUAUGAUACAAAAGAUGUCAUCGGAGAAUUGCGCCAAAAUCGCUGUCAAACUGGACGCCAUGACAGAUGGCGAUGAAAUGUCAUCGACGAUUUUAAGAACUUUGAGGAAACUUUUAAAUGAACAAUAUAGCAUUCAACUGAUGGAAGAUAAUGUGGCUAAGGCGAAAGAAAGGGGCUUAAAGAAGACUAGGCCUUAUAAUAAGGUCCAUCCCGUGUUGAUCCCCGAUGGAAGACAGGCCACAGUGUCUUUUAUAUUCCUCGAGUUAAUUACAAGAAGAAACCCUGCUCUCACUCCUAAAUUGGUGACCCUCCUGAAGAAAAAGAACACAAGUAAAUACGGCAAAUCCCUGCAAGUCAGAAGAAAUAUGGCCAGCGAACAAUUCAGCGACGCCCACGGCGUAACGACAGUGCAGAGCGACGUGGCGACAAUAUCCCUGCCCGCCAGAUUGCCACCAUUUUGGCGCCAAAAUCCUCGCCUAUGGUUUGCGCAAUUCGAGGCAGCUGUUGCCGCCAGCAAAAUAGGAGAAGAGCAGAAGUUUAACCUCGUCGUACCAUUGCUCGGCAACAACGACCUUGAACAGAUCGCCGACAUCAUCUUAAGCCCCCCAGCAACCGGCAAGUACAGCACACUGAAAGAACGGCUGAUCUCCACGUAUCAAGAGUCUGACCAUCGCCAGCUACAGAAACUGCUGAGUGGUCUCGAGCUCGGCGACCAAAAACCGAGCCAGCUACUCCGCAAGAUGCGUGACCUCAGCGGCAAACUCCUGUCCGACGAGGCACUUAAAGUAAUGUGGCUGAAUCAACUACCAGCUCAAAUACGCGCCGUACUCUCCGUCAACACAGAGUCAUCACUCGAGAUGCUAGCCGCAAUGGCUGACAAAAUGAUGGAGCACUUCAAGCCAGCAUCCGUCAACGCAGUCUCCACAGCAACAGCAUGUCAAGACAACUUACACAUCGCCUUACUGUCGAAACAAAUAGAAAAGCUAUCACUUGAAAUCGCCGAACUCCGUACCAACCAGCAAAACCACCGACAUUUCCCGCGCUUUCCACACCGCAACCGCAAGCAAGCAGAAGCGAAGCUCGAAGCACACGAAGACACGAAGUUGCGGUCCACGACACUGGACGCGUCUGUAGUCGUCGGCGGCACCGGAGCGAAAGGACGCGUCUCGCGGCACGCGCCCUAUUAUAGCCUCGCGCUGUGCUCGCGACAUCACGACGAACGGCGACCGCGACGGCGCAUGCGCGCAGCCGCUCUGCCGAGCCUUGCGAUAAACGCGCGCUGCUAUUGGUAG